UCGAUGACUAAAGUUUAUUGGAAAAAUUUUCUUUUCUCAAAAGUACGCAUUAAACGAAUCUUAUUAACAACACUAAAAGUAUCAAUAUUAAUAUUCUUUUUAAUAUUUGGUGUUGGACCAAUUAUAUUUAAAUUAUCAUGGACGCUUCAAAGAAAUGUAUUAUUUUUAAAUUUUUUGGAUUAUCCAAAAAAUGUAGAUUAUUCAUCACCUGAAAAAUAUGGUUUACCAGGUGCUAGAAAUCUAUACGUAAAAACAGAUGAUGGUAUAAAUUUGGGUGUAUGGCAAAUUUUACCAUCCAAUCUAUUAGAAGUAAAUGAAACAAAUCGUAAUAGUAGUGAAUACUUUGAUAAUGUACUGAAUAAUGGACAACCAGUUAUGUUAUAUAUGCAUGGAAAUUCAGGUAAUCGAGCUGGAGAACAUCGAGUUGUCAUGUAUCAAAAUAUGAGAAAAAUAUUUCAUGUGAUUACAUUUGAUUAUGGAGGCUACGCAGACUCAACAUAUCGUGAACCAAACGAAACAAAUGUUGUAUCAGACGGUAAAUUUAUGGUAAAUUGGGUACGUAAUAAAACAAAUGGUCCAAUAUUUAUUUGGGGUCAUUCACUUGGAACAGGAGUAUCAACACAUGUACUAGAUAUAUUAGCAAACGAAGAUGGCUUUGAAGCUAAUGGUUUAAUACUUGAAUGUCCAUUUAAUAAUUUACAUGAUGAAAUUGCUGAACAUCCAUUUGCAAGGCCUUUCAAAGAUUUGCCAUGGUUUGACUACUUAGUACCAGAUGCGAUGUAUGGAAAUGGUUUGAGAUUUGAAUCAGACAAACAUAUAUUAAAUUUUAAAGCUCCAAUUGUUAUAUUACAUGCAGAAGAUGAUGGAGUUGUUCCAUUUCACCUGGGCAAAAAGUUACAUGAAGUUGCACUGCAGUUCCGCACCAAAGGACAAGCCCCUGUCACAUUUCAUCGAUUUGAUGGUAAACACGCUUAUGGACAUAAAUGGAUAGCAAAAGCUCCGGAGACCUUAGAAAUAAUUAGUGAAUUUGUGAAGAAAUAUUCAAACCAAGACAAAAAGAACGAACACCAAAGACAUCUAGAUAUAAAAAAUCUAUCUUCGUAAUUGUAUAGAAAAUUUAAAUAUAUUUUUUUUAUGUAA